AUGUCUAAGGAGACAGAACAAUCUGAACCGUCACCGUUAGAAAGGUUUCAACGACUUGCUCGUUCCGUCCAAUCACAAAGUCGAUGGACGAAAGCUUUACAGUCAAAAAUUUCCGACAAACAUAGUAAAGUGUUCCAAAUCAAUGCAGAGAGUGGUAACUCACAAGAGGUUUUGUCUUUCAAUACCAGUGCAUUCAAGUCUCCGGUUCAUCUGAGGAGCAACUUAUCCAAGAAGGUUAAACUAAUUCUGGUGAAACCCCCUUGGCAAAGGAAAGAGGAGGAAAUAAAGAUUAUCUUCGGCGUUAUUGAUAAGUUAAAAUGUUUCGGACGUCACACACCAUUUACGAAACGUGAGAUCGCCAAAGUUGUACAUUUUCAACAGUUUGAAGAAGGGAGAGUAAUCGUACAACAAGGCCAACCGGCAACAUCCAUGUAUUUCAUCGUGAGUGGGAUUGUAUUAGUUCAAGUGGCAGUGACAGAUAUACUCACAGGUCGCCCCAAAAAACAGAUCGUGGGAGAAAUGUUCGCUGGUGACUCGUUUGGAGAGCUGGCACUGCUACACGACAUCAGAAGAGCAGCCACUAUCAUAUGCAAAGGGGCGGUUGAGUUCCUGACCAUAGAUAAACCAGACUUUGAUAUGGUUUUGAAAAGGAGUUAUCAGCAAGAAUGGGAGAGUAAGAUGUCUUUAUUGAAAUCAUCGCCAUAUUUUAAAGACUAUUCGCCCAAGGAGUUGCAACAAGUGAAUUCUACAGCUAAACUAGUCGAGUACCCUGCGAAUACGGUGAUUCUACGAGACGCAGGAAACCCAGGGGAGUGUGUUUACUUUAUAAAAUCUGGUCAAUGUCAGGUGGUACAAGAAAUGACUCUCGUAAGAAGAACGCCGCCGCUGAGCAAAAGAAGGCUCAUUUUACCACCAGUGCAAGCUGAAGGCAAUAACAGUUUUAUCUUCAACAUAAAAAGUUACGAUUACGUUAGAAAACAUUUCCUCGUUGUUUGCCUGUUUGGAAAGGGGGAUUACUUUGGUGUUGGCGAAGAUUUCACAAAAACGAGCAUUAUAUCAGUUAAUAAGGUUGAAAUCGUUUUGGUUCUAAGAAAUGUGAUGGCUAAACACGAGCAAGGACGCAUAUUGGCGGAAAUGAAGGAUAAACUCAACAAAGAAUUGCCCUCGAGAAGAGAGGUUUUUCGUAGUUUUGUUUCAAGGGAAAGAUGGCGACAUUAUAAGUUGGACAUAUCGAAUGAGCUAAGGACCAAGAAAUGGAUGUUGAACCCGACAAAAUUACAGGAUGUGCCUUACUCAAUCCGAGAGAAGUAUUUAACUUAACACCUUUUUCUUUUUAAUUUCUUAAAUGAGAG